UUCACCGAUAAACAGUGUAAAUAAGGGUCGAAAGCAAGCUGUACAGUAGCAGCCAGGGGUGGUGUGUGACUCACAACUGUCUGUACACUAACCGCAUGUUUCAUCCAGGCCAACAGCGCGAUUAUUUUCUUGCCGUAUUUUAUUUUGUAUCCAUGUUUGCUCGAGCAGGAUGUCUUCCCAGGGUGGCGUGGACCGGCUGCCGAAGAAUGGGGAAUUUUACAUCCACCUCAUCUCUGUCCAGCACAUCCUGUGUACGGUAUGUUCAGGAAAUGGUGUCGCAGAACUGUGUUGUGAUAUUUUCCAAGACGACCUGCCCUUAUUGCAAAAUGGCCAAGAAUGUGUUCAAUGAAAUCGGUGCGACCUACAAAGUGAUUGAGCUGGAUGAGCACAACGACGGGAGGAGACUGCAGGAGGCCUUAGCUCAGAUGACCGGUGCCAGGACGGUGCCAAGAGUCUUCAUUAAUGGAAACUGCAUCGGCGGUGGCUCCGACACCAAACAGCUCCAUCAGCAGGGCAAGUUGCUGCCCCUGAUCGAACAGUGCGCUCCCUGCUGCGCCGGAUCCGACGGCUCGGGGAGCGGACAGUUCGAGGCCGCUAAAUGACUAACCGUUCUCGUAGUUUUUACCAAUCCUGUAUUUAUGAAAUGUUUACUGGAUCUCGUGCUACAAGUUGCACAUUGCCUGAGCAUGAUGCUUUUUAUUUAUCAAAAUGCAAUAGAUACUUGACGUUAGGUUACAUGUACAUUUUCAUCCAGGGAUGUACAGUAUUCUUAUUAAAAGCUGCCAUAUUUUAAACACAACCUGUGAAUAGUGGAAAUACUUCUCAUGUGCAUGUGUUUUUAUUGAACUAUAUUACAGUCAUUAUAAAGCAUGAUCUCUCUAAGCAUCAAACCUCAUCAAAAACUGUGAACAUCAUUGGUUUUGUAAGUAUGUAACAGUUUGAAUCCUUACUCAUAUUCACUUGAGUUUAGGUCAUUUCUCAUAUAUUGUAAGAUUAAAAGAACUACAGAUUGUUGUACGAUUAGUACAUUUUAUUGUGCACAUGUAUUUGAGCAUUACAUACGGCUAAUAUGUUUUGUAUUUUUUUUUUUUUUUAACUUUGCCGUCCAAGCAUUUUAUAUAUCAGUGUAUCUGAGAUUUUAGCAGAAGCUGUGUUUGUCUCUGAAUCUCUUUGAUAUUAGGUAAAUGGUUGAUUUACCUAAGUGUAAGAAUAGCCUGCUGAGUCAUGAUGCUGGUCCCUCUUAUGAAUAUAAAGCUUAAUUAUGGGCCUAUGUUUUUUUUUAAUGCCUAGAAUGUGCAUUUGCAAUUUUUAAUAAACAUGAAUGAAAGUCCA